GGGCGCUACCCCCCCCCCACACACACAGCCCCAUCACACACGCGGGGUUGGGGGUGGUGGCGAGACGAGCGAGCAGCACCGCCCCGCUCCAGCCCCAAUGUUCGCUCCUCCCUAACACCCCCCCCCCCUGCUCGACACAGCGCAGCUGUUCCCGUUACUCGCGCGGGGUCGGAGCUGCUCUGGAGCUCCGCGCUCCCUCUCGCGCCUCUCGCUCAGCCCAGCCCAGCCUCGCUGCAAACGUCUCUCGGCGAUGGCAGCAGCGGGAGGCGACGGAGGCGCCGGCGGCUCGGGUCUGCUGGCCGACUACGCGGAGGCUGCCGUGGCCGUCUACUCGAGGAUGCGCCGCGAGUGGAGCGACUGCUCGGACUGCGGGGCCGCGCUGGCGGCUCGCACGCUGCGGGACACGGCCACGUUCGGGCGCCGCGACGCGCUCAUCGUGGUCGUGCUGGCGCUCGCCUGGAUCACGGCGCGCAUCCUCGCCACGUCGCACGUCUUCAAGCCGCUGGCGGCGAAGCUGCGGCUGCGCCCCCAGGACGUGGCCAAGUUCCCGGAGAACGCGUGGAAGCUCGUCUUCUACCUGGGCGCGUGGCUCUACAGCGGCUACCUGCUCUUCAUGCGCGACUACAACUUCUUCUCCCAGCCGCUGUCGGCGUUCGCCGGCUGGUACGUCGGCAUGGAGGUGCCCAGCGACAUCCACCUUGCCUACAUGCUCCAGGGCAGCUUCUACCUCCACUCGGUGUACGGGACGCUGUGCCUGGACACGUGGCGCCGUGACUCACCCGUCAUGAUCCUCCACCACAUCAUCACCCUGUCGCUCAUUGGGUUCUCCUACGCCUUCAGGUUCCACAACAUCGGGCUGCUGGUGCUCUUCCUGCACGACACGAGCGACUUCCUGCUGGAGUUCACCAAGGUCAACGUCUACCUGCGGCACCGCGGCGGGGGCAGCGAACGCCAGCGCUGGGUCCACGCUCGCAUCGCCGACCUCGGCUGCGCCGCCUUCGGCUCCAGCUGGUUCGUGUGCCGCCUCUACUGGUUCCCGCUCAAGGUGGUGCACACGACCGCCGUCACGGUGCUCGCCAUCAUCCCGGGCCUUCCCUUCUACUUCUUGUUCAACUCUCUGCUCAUCAUACUCACCGGCAUGAACGUCUACUGGUUCUCGUUCAUCGUGGCCUUCGUGGCGAAGGUGCUGACGGGGCAGAUGAAGGAGGUGGACGAUCUGCGCGAGUUCGACGUGGCUGAGCGAGUGAGCACGGGGCCGGAGGGGGGGGCGGCGAAGCAGGGGGAGCGCCGGUCUCGUGCGAAACGCGGCGAAGGAAAAGGCGAGGCUCAAGAGAACGGGCUGCAAAGCGGCGGUGGGAAGAAGCAGCAGUGAGGGCGAAGUGAACGCUGCCGGGAGGCGCCCCUGCGACUUCUCCCUCUGCGCGUCUCCACAGCUCGCCGACAAAACCAUGGGGGGGGGGUUGGGGUGGAGAUCCGGCCGCAAAAAAACCCCCCAUAAAGUUGCUUUCCCCAAGCCACAGCCACCGUCCUCCCCCUUCCUCCGAGGGAUUUGGUUUGCUCCACAGCUGACUGCCGGUCUGCAGGUGUGAGAGAGUUGGUCGCGGACCAUUCCAUUUUAAUCGAGGUGGGGAUUUUGUUUUUCUUCGUAAUUCGUGUUUGGGAUAAUAAGAAAAGAAAAAAACCGUGGCGUUCCAACGCGCCCAGCUGUUUGCUGUCCAGCUGUCAUAUGGGCCAUGCGGCUUGAGUCGGAAUUCGCGAAGUCAAAGAACGAAGACGUGGGGGAGGUUUUAAUUUUAGGGUUUUUUUUUGCUUUACCGGCAGCGGUCUCGCCCUUGGAAGACCUCGGAGACGCUUCCAUCCUCAGCAAGGCAGACUUCUGUAAAUGACAAACCCCUUUCAAUGAGCGCCGUUGUGUUGAGUAAACGUCACGUGUUUUUAAUCGACAUCUCUCUCCGCUCACCGGACGACACCGUUUACAGAGUACGUGUCAUUUUUUUAAAUAUUGCUACAUGUUUUUUUUUUUAAA